CUUUAAGUCUUGGUAAAGCCAAAAGCAGUUAACAGUCAGACUGCAUCUCAGCCCUGUCAAGAUGGAUCUCCAUAACAGGUGAUGAAUAGUUUUAUUUGAGGGAUAUAUUAACUUUUACUAUUGGUGAAAAGUUUUAGGUUGGUUUGCCAGUUUGUAAGCCAUCAAGUUGAGGCUAAUAGAUAUACAGUCACAACUCUGUACCCAUCAAAUAAUCAACUUUAUAUGUGACUUUGGGACUGAUUCAUACAACCACAUUUCCUUUCUCCACUCUAUAGCAGCUUUUUUCUGUAUUUGGAAAAAAUAACCCAGAAGAAAAGAUAAUGUCAGGGAACUGCCAUCGGAAGGAAGGGAGGUGAAAGGGCUCACACAGGUUGGGAGAGACUCAGCAGCUGAAGAGGGAACCAGUAGGGGGAGAGGAGCUGAGCUGAGGGAAAGUGAGCUGGAGGGAUGGCUCAGAGACACUUCCAGCGAAAACAGUGGGGAGGUUUCAGGACCUCCUGUAGGAACACCCACUCCUCGCCGGAAACUGUCACGCAGAGAGUCCAGAAGACGUGUUUCCGUUAAGGAGCUUUUAUGUUGGAAGCGAUUCCGAAAGCAACCACUGUCGGAAUCUGCUAGUGACUAGAGGAGCCAUGUCUGAGGGGCUCCGUCACAGACAGAGGUUUGUGGACUUGAACAAACUCUGAGGGGAUACUAUUUUACGCACAAGCAGCUCAUCAUCCCAUCACAGCAUUCCGACAGUCUUUGAAAGCAGCUUGUGCAGGAGAAGGCAUCAUGAGCAACCCAGCCGGAACCGGAGAAGCAGGAGCUGGAGCGGGUCCAAGCCUGGAAGAAAGGUACCGGGUGUUGGAGGUCCAGCUAGCGCUGCAGACGGCGAGGCUUGAGGAGAGGAGGGCUCAGGAUGCAGACAAAAGGGAAAGCCACCCAGCUCGCCAGAAAGGUACCAGGAUUGGUGCAGAAGUUUGGGGGGGAGCCCAAAGACUAUCAUGGCUUUCGGACAGAGAUGCAAUAUGCCCUCAAUCUGCAGUUUGAUGAAUUCCUGACGAGGAAUCACGAGUGGCUUUCGUGAUUGGGCAUCUUGAAAAGGGGGCGAGAGACUGGGUUAGACCCUGAUGGCAGCGAAUAGUGACGUCCUAAAGGACACGAUGAAGUUCUUUCGCGCCAUGGAUCUGAUGUUUUCCAGCGAUAUUGAACAGGGAGUGGUGCGCAGACAGUUAAUGGCUUGCAAACAGGGGAGCCGAUCUGUCCGUGAGUACUGGACUGAGUUCACCAUGCUGGUUCACAGAUUGGGGUGGGACUUAUCGGCGGAACCCAUUCAAAUGCUCUUUGAAGAAGGGCUUUCUUCGGCUGUGAAAGACGAACUUUCCCGGGCGCCCAGGGCGGAGUCUAUGGACCAGCUGACCAAAUCAGCGCUGACCAUAGGAGCGCGCCAGGAGGCGAGAGCAUUGGAGAGGCGGGAAGGGAAGGGGAACGUUGGAAGGAGUUCCGCAUUCCAGACAUUCCAGAGCCAACUUUCCCGCCGGCAGAGCCGAUGGAAAUCGGAACAGCAGCGCGCGCGCAGUUUCAAAGCCCAGUGAGGGGGAAAGAAGGAGGGAAAACGCGCCCGGAAAUGCUAUCUCUGCCAACAGCCAGGUCACUUUGCCAGAGUCUGCCCUCAGAGGAAGGAAUGGCAAGGGAUGGUAGGAGCUGUGGAGGGAAGAGAGGAAGAAAUACCGGAGCAAGUAAAGCCAACGCCUGGCUGCCACCGUCGGGGCACAGCAGCCAGGCCAAAGAGCAGUGAGAGUGCCCACGCCAGAACCUCCUAAACCCGCCCUAGUGAUAGAAGUGGCGCUAGAGCUGCCAAACGGACACCCUCUAAAGAUAAAGGCGCUGUUGGACUCAGGCAGCUCCUGCAAUUUCAUGAGCAAAGAGUUUGCAGCUGAACACCAGAUACAGACGAUCCUUUAAGCAACCCCUGCAGGUGACCACGAUCGAUGGCAGGGAGCUGUUGGGAGGAGAAGUCAGCUUGCAGACCGUCCCAAUGAUAAUGAAGGUGGCAAGGCACACCGAACUGAUAGCGUUUAAUGUGGCCACCUUGGGAGGAGCUCCCAUUAUAUUGGGGAUGAGCUGGCUAGCGUUACAUGAUCCGCUGGUGGGCUGGCAUCAGAGAGUGGUUUCUUUUGGUUCAGCACAUUGCUUAGAACACUGCAAAGAGGGAAAGGGUUUGGCAGGGGCCCAAGCCACCCUAGCAGGGACUGAAGUAACGGAGAACGUGAAGGUACCACGACAAUACGCAGAUCUCCGCGACGUCUUCAGCGAAAGGGAAGCUGACCAACUACCCCCGCAUAGACCCUUUGACUGUCAAAUCAAUUUACUCCCUGGGGCACAGCUCCCUGUAGGCAAGCUGUACGCCAUGUCAGACAGAGAGAUGCAGGAGCUAAGAGAGUUCAUUGACAAGAACCUGAAGAGAGGGUUCAUCAGAGAGUCCAGGGCGGUGGGGGCAGCCCAGUGUUUUUGUGGAUAAGAAAACACGAACAAGCCGAGGCUGGUGUGUGACUUCAGGGCCUUAAAUGCAGUGUCAGAACCAGUGGCCUUCCCUAUGCCCAGGAUUGACGACAUUUUGACAAGGGUGCGGAAGGGAAAGAUUUUCACAAAGCUGGACCUAAGGGGGGCGUACAACCUGAUACGAAUAAGGAAGGGGGAUGAAUGGAAAACCACCCUGUUCACCCCUUUAGGGGCAUUUGAAUAUUUGGUUAUGCCCUUCGGCCUACAAGCAGGCUCCGCAGCCUUUCAAUCGUUUAUGAACCACGUCCUGGGGCCUUUGCUUUACAAGAAUUGUGUGGCCUUCUUAGACGACGUGUUGGUGUAUUCUGAGAAUGAGGAGCAGCAUGUGAAAGACGUCAGAGAAGUGUUGAGCAGGCUGCAAGCCAACCAGCUGUGGGUGAAACUGGAGAAGUGUCAGUUUCAUACCAAGGAGGUGGAAUUCCUGGGGUAUCGCCUGUCAGACAAGGGAUUGGCCAUGGAUCCCGGCAAGGUCCAGGCGGUGCUGGAAUGGAAAACACCCAAAACAAGGAAGGAUGUGCAGAGGUUCCUAGGAUUUGGGAACUUCUAUCGUAAGUUCAUCCGAAACUUUGCCCAACUGACGGCGCCCAUUACGGACUGUCUCAGCAGUAAGAAGAAGUUCGUUUGGACUGAGGAGGCGGAGCGAGCAUUUGAGGAACUAAAAGGGCCUUCGCCUCGGAACAACAACUCCUGCAUGUGGAUUUACAAAACCGAUGAGAGUGGAAACUGACGCAUCAGACAGAGCGAUUGGGGCGGUGCUUCUGCAGCCAGGGAAGGAGGAGUCAGAGUGGAGACCGUGUGCUUUUUUUCGCGAAAGCUGAACAAAUCCGAGAGGAACUACACGGUGUAUGACCGAGAACUACUAGCCAUUCAUGAGGCGUUCCGGAGAUGGAGGCACCUGCUAAUUGGCGCACAACAUAAGGUGCAAGUGUGCACUGACCACAAGAACCUAGAGUAUUGGAGGACGGCACGAGUGCUCAACCAACGGCAAGUGAGAUGGGCCCAGGAGUUCUCCAAAUUUAACUUUGAGAUUGGUUACGUGCCAGGCCCAGAGAACAUUAGGGCGGACGCUCUCUCACGCAAACCUGAAUAUUUGGAGGGGAGGAGCACCCGAAGAGAGACAUGUCAUUCCAGAGGACCGCUGGGUGUGUGGGGCGGCAUUGGUGGGACAAAGAGAACUGGUAGAGGAAACAGAGAAUGAUGAAUACGCCCAGAAUAAGCUCAGAGGUCUUAGGGGUGAGGGAGAGGAACCAGGGGUUUCGAGGAAAGAAAUGGAGCUUUGUAUUACAAAGGGCACUGUAUAUCCCUGAAGGAGACUUAAGGGGAGGGUACUCAAGCAGUUGCACGACAGCCCUACGGCGGGCAUUUUGGACAACACAAAACCAUGUGGUUGGUCACCAGGGAAUUUUGGUGGCCUAAGGUGAGGGAAGAUGUACGUGAGUAUGUAAGAGGGUGCGAGCAAUGCCAGCGAGCCAAAGGGGAAAGGCGGGCGCCGGCGGGGCUAUUAGAACCCUUACCAACCCCAGAACGACCUUGGGAGGCAGUGUCGAUAGAUUUUAUGACUGAUCUGCCGAAGUCCAAAGGGAAAACAGCCAUCAUGGUGGUGGUAGACCUACUAACAAAGAUGUGCCACUUUGUAGCUUGCUCGCAUGCAGUCACGGCGGAAGAGACAGCGAAGUUAUUUGUAGAACACAUUUUUAGGUUGCACGGAGUGCCAUUGAGGGUGGUCUCAGACCGAGGAAAACAAUUUACUUCCAGGUUCUGGAGGAAGCUCAUGAGCUUACUGCAGGUGGAGGUCAAUUUUUCGACUGCCCGGCACCCUGAAACCAACGGGCAGGCGGAAAGAGCAAACGGUGUCCUCCAGCAAUACCUGAGGUGUUAUGUCAAUGACAGAGAGAAUGACUGGGUAGAAAAGUUGGCGCUGGCGGAAUUUGCCUACAACAAUGCCGAGAAUGUGUCCACAGGGAUGAGCCCCUUCUUGGCUAAUUAUGGGUGUCAUCCCAGGGCUUUCCCAGGGGGAGAUGGGGAGAGAUGGAGCGUCCCGGCAGCCGAGCAUUUUGUGGAAGAAAUGGAAGCAAUCCAUCGUCAGCUCCAACUCAACUUAGAAAGGGCGAAGGAAGAAUACAAGAGGCAGGCAGACAAGAACCGAAGGGAAGGUGAAACCAUAAGGGUGGGAGAUAGGGUGUGGCUGUCAACCCAAGGGCUGCCGCUCAAAGGAGGUUGUAAGAAAUUAAGACCCAGGAGGUUGGGUCCCUUUGAGGUCAUUCAACAGGUCAACCCAGUGGCUUUCAGGCUCCGGUUACCCAACCACAUGAAACUGCACCCAGUAUUUCACAGGUCGUUACUGUCACCGUACGAAGGGGGACGAGAAGGGAUGGCCACUCGGGGACCGGUCAUAGAAGAAAGAGAAUGCAGCAGCCAUGUGGCAGAAAUCCUCGACGCCAGGUGGAAGGGGGAUCAGGUGGAGUAUUUGGUAGCGUGGGAAGGAGAACCGGAGUCAGAAAACACUUGGGUAAUGGCCGAAGAUAUCAAUGACGAGGUAUUGAUAGAAACGUUCCAUCAAAGGUUCCCAAGGAAACCUCAGCCUGUGGAGAGGUUCCGGAGGGAAUACUUUGGGACCACUGAUGAGGAGGAGGAGUUGGAAGGAUUCCCGGACUCGGAAGGGGAGGGGAGAUGGACUCUGAGGAGGAGGAGUACUUCGAGACCAGGAACCGCAACAGGUGGAGAGAAGUGUUCGAGACAUCGGAAGAUGAAGGAAGUUCAUUCCGGGUUUUGCCUCCUCACCGCCCGUAGAGGAGGGGGCGAGAGGGGGUGAAAGGGGCCCUGGAGGGGAGGUGGAUGUCAGGGAACUGCCAUCGGAAGGAAGGGAGGUGAAAGGGCUCACACAGGUUGGGAGAGACUCAGCAGCUGAAGAGGGAACCAGUAGGGGAGAGGAGCUGAGCUGAGGGAAAGUGAGCUGGAGGGAUGGCUCAGAGACACUUCCAGCGAAAACAGUGGGGAGGUUUCAGGACCUCCUGUAGGAACACCCACUCCUCGCCGGAAACUGUCACGCAGAGAGUCCAGAAGACGUGUUUCCGUUAAGGAGCUUUUAUGUUGGAAGCGAUUCCAAAGCAACCACUGUCGGAAUCUGCUAGUGACUAGAGGAGCCAUGUCUGAGGGGCUCCGUCACAGACAGAGGUUUGUGGACUUGGACAAACUCUGAGGGGAUACUAUUUUACGCACAAGCAGCUCAUCAUCCCAUCACAGAUAAGGAAACAAAUAAGAUCUGAAUGAGUAUGGUGAGGAUCUAAGCUUUACAAGUGAGGGGGCUAGGAGGAUGAUCCAGCAUAGGAAUGGUGGGUGUUUCAUAUUAUUGAAUUCCUGUUCCACAAAGAAGAAGCCUACACGGGAAUAAUGUCCAAUGCAUAAUUCUGCUGGUAUUAUUAUUAUUACUAUUAUUUUUAUGUGGGUGUACUGGUUUUCCAAAUAAAAAUUCAUGUGAGGUAGCUUACGUAUUAAGAGUACACUAGCUAUAACUCCCAAAGAGCAAUUUAAUUUCCAACUUCUAUACCACAAAGUUAAUAAAUGCAGCAGUAUUAGAUCCUAAAGGCCCCGCUUCCUGGUGUUACUUAAACAUAUUCUGCAAGGCCUUCUAAAAACAAAUAAACAGUAAUGCAGGGGUUGAGCACAUUGCCUGGAAGUAAUGUUAGAAAGUAUCUGGGAAAAAUUAUUAGAAUCAAAUUGGAGACUCCCCUUCUAUGGAUGGAAUACCUAUUCAAAUGAAGGGCAGUAUAAGGACAUAUGAUUCUGUUGAACAAGAUGUAGUAAGUCACUAUGGGGGUUUUUUUUCUGCAACAGUAUCUAUUUUCUUCUCUUGCUUGCUUUAGGAAUAACUCCCCUCUUUCCUUAUCUCUUACCGGAGCCACAUAUCUGUUUUUCCCACCUGUAGAAUCUAGGAUCAGAUGAUAUCUGCCUCCUAGCCCGUUCUGAAAUUACUCUGCACGCCAUGAGUAUCAACAAAUCUGCACUGGUCCUAAAGACAGUUAGCAGGUAUCAGCAGGAUUUCUGCGAGGCACAAUUAUUUUCAAACAUUUAAUCCCAUAUGUGAUUUUCUCUCAUAUACUGGGCAACGCUGGAUUUUUGAAGCACCACAAUACCUUGGGUGAAACUUAGAUGAAUAUUAUUAUGACAUCAAAGUAUUUGGUGCAGAAGUGGGAUUAGAGUUAGAGUGGCUUAGCAGGGAUGGGGAAGUUUGAUGGUACAGGGGAGUAAUGUGAGGUCUUGACCAGCAGAAAAGAAAGUCCGCCCUAUCAUCCGGCGAGUCUUGGUAUGCUUCAGGAGCCUUCUCUUAAAAUCAUUAAUGUAAUGGUUUGCGAGUGUCUCUCUAAAUUCCAGGAUGUGGCAAACUAUUAUUUUAUUCAGCUCUCUCUUCCCUUGUUAAUAUCAUUCAUUACAUGCAUAAUCCAAGUCAUCCAACCAUGUCCUCUGGACAGUGAAAUCAUAGCUGUCAACUUUUGCCUUUUCUUGCGAGGAAUCCUAUUCAGAAUAAGGGAAUUUCCCUUUAAAAGGGGAAAAUGUUGACAGCUAUGAGUAAAAUACAAAGGGGAAAGGGGGUGGGGAAGUUUGAAGAAAGAUAAAAUAAACAAAGACAACAACCCCCCCCCCCCCAAAAAACCCCACACAUAAAACAUAAAACACAUCAUCUGAAACCACUUUAAAAUCAUCAUGAAACCCAGCAAAGAGGAAACUGGUGUAAACAAAAACCCCUAAAGUGACGGACAGAUUCUGAUUAAAAACUUGAGAAACGGAGGUUUAACGCAGGCCCCUAAAAAUUAUAUUGUGAGUGCUAGGUGAGCUUCUCUGGGGAAGCCAUUUUGUGAGCACAGCACGGCCAAUGAAAAGGCCCUUUUUUAAGAAGUCACCAGUCUCACAGUGAUUUGUAUCCUGUGCAGCAUUUAUUAAGCAUCCCAUCAGCACAAGGAUUUCUUCUUGUUCAACAGGAGUUAACUCCAUCUCCUCUCCUUGUGAACCCCCUAAAUCUGUUCUACGUUUUCCUCCAACACUCUGGCGCAUGGGGAGGGCAUGGGGCACGUACCAGAUGCAAAAGGGGAAAGAGAAUCCUGCUGCCCAGAUGGGAAUCCUUUCAUUGACAGAGCACUUACUUAGCACUAUACUGGAUACAAACCUUUACUUCUAAAUAUUUUGUUUCAAACCUUAUACUGGUUAUUUUAGCAAGUAACCAUCUUGGAAAUCCAUUUGUACAUCCAGACUGUAACCCCCUGUACAAAGGUAAAUGUGACCUUUGUUGCCCUAUCCCAGAAGGUUGUCCACCACUGAAUGCAGUCACUGGACUAGACUAGAGGGAUGGAAAAACGGUUCUCCAUCCCUGUUAUGCGAUGAAAUGCUUGAUUUCUUUUCCAACAGCUUCAACGGUUUGGAGCGAAACCCCUGCUCUACCUCUCUGACAAGGUUUCCUCUUUCAAGAAUUCAGAGAAGAGGAAAAGGCUUUGAGGAAACAUCCCCUGCCGAAGGUCAGUGGAAGCCGCCUGAUGAAGUUGGCAGGCAAGUUCAACGCAUUGGGUGGAAUGAGAGAAAACUGUGCAGGUUUUCAAAGCCUUAGUUCUCACUGAGGUGGUAGACCUGUGCCAAGUCAGAUUACAGAGGGGAGCUCACAUGAGUGAAUGCUGCUCUUUCUCUGGAGAUACUCCAUGACUUCCUUGGCAGAGGUUAAGCCCAGUAAGAGAAACAAGAACUUUAUUUAUUAGUUUGACACUACUAGGUUAAAAGCAUUGAAGCAGUACAUAAUACAGAGAUUCUCCUUCAGAAAUCCUCUUGACAGACACCGCUAGGAAUCAUAUAACUCUUUUUUUCCUGCCAAUUCCUAUAUAGCCAGACAAUGUAACCAAGGGCUCAUCUACAUUUCUUCUUGACCUUUGCCUAAAAAGCAGUCUUCUCUUUGUCCUACUACUUUCCCCAAGAAAAAAAACUCUGUAGCACUGAAUCGGAGCAAAUGUCCGCCUGCAGAAAAGCCAAUUGACAUUCGCUCCAAUUCUACAAUAAAGAUUGGGUUUUCCUGGAGGAGAGAGGUAGGACACGUGGAAGUCUGGAUGAGCUCCUACUCUCAACUCCCAGUUGAAAGAAGGAAGCACCAUUUUUAAUGCAAUGAGUGCAGCCUCUCAGAUGGCUACCAUAAAAGCAGCUGAAUCUUUAGGCAGUUAUGAUGUCAGGCUGACGCCAUCUUAGAAUUUCCUCUCUGGCUACUCACAAUACAACACUAGGCCAGGCUUUCCAUAAAGCAUGAUAGAACCAGGAUAUCAGAAGCCACCAUUUCCCAUACUGCUUUGCAGUCAUCAUAUGCAGUGCAGUUUCCAUCCCACUGCAGUUUGUCUUCCUUCAAAAAACAUGUUUUUCGUUUCCUUGUCCUUUGUGGCAAAACUUAGGUAAUUAAUUCUGUAAUUGACACUGUCCUUGCCUUAUUCCACCCUGUUCAUGUAAUUGCAAAGGAAACAUAAUACAAUUAGAGAUGACUGUAGUGAAUUGCUGUAUGUAUAAUCUGUGGACUGAAAGCAACAACAGUGAAUACCAAUCAUAUUUAUUGGAUUGAUUUCCAUUCUGGGCAUGGGACAAAUAAGCAAACAAUGGCAACUUCUGCUCCCUUUUCUGGGGUUGCUUUUUUUUUGGUCAGAAUACUCUGACAUUCUUGUGGUGUUCGUAUGGAGCCCCUGGUUGUCUCACGGACUAUUGACCCAUACACCACUAAUCCACUGCCACCAACCAGGUCCUCCCUGGUAAAAUCACUUCAGUCUCAGUCAGCUUUUCAAUUAAUAAAGAAGAGUGUAUUUUAUUUCAGACACAAACAAAACUUUUACAGCAUUCCAAACGUUGUUGCUCUUUACUUUCUUAGUCUUAUUUUCAUCUCUCUGUCUCUUCUACCUCGCCACACUCAAGAACCCACGGCCCUAACUGUCUCUCUAUUACCAACUGCCUUUCCCAACCAGCCAACCCAUGAAAACCAACCAACUGCCCACCAAUACCUCCCAACCAACUCCUCCCAGAACUGGUUUUAUAAACCCACAGACUCCACCCCCCUGGGUCCUGUCUGUGCAACCUAUUUAACUAUUUCCCCUCCAGCACUCUCUCAUAUAUGUUAACGUCACAAUUCUUUAGACAGAACAUGCAACUUUGGGCAACAGUUUUCUGUAUUUCUUUUUUUCUUUUUGUAAAGGCUCUUUAGUCAAGAGUGGCAGUGGGAUGUAUUUUGCUUUUUCACUUCACAAGAGUGGACAAGCACAAAUGCAGCAUGAUUCUAUUCUGACACUAAUGGUUGGACUAAAUAGGUUGUUUUCCAAAGCUACAAAUGAAUACAUCUACACAGUCGUCUUCUGCCAGCAUAGUUUCAUGAGUCUGCAAAUCUACUAUCCUCAUAUGUUGGGAAUUUUAUGAUAACUUGGAAUAAAUAUCAAAUAAGAAAUUCCCUCCCAGAACACCUGUGUGAUUUCACCUCUCUUAUUUUCUUCAGAGUUUUAUAAUAAUAAUAAUAAUAAUAAUAAUAAUAAUAAUAAUAAUAAUAAUUUUUUAUAUAUAUACCCCGCCCUCCCCAGCCAAGGCCGGGCUCAGAGCGGCUUACAAGCAAUAAUAAAAACAAGUUGAAUGAUUAAAACUUAAAAACAAAAUUAAAAUACAACAUUAAAAUAUUGAAAUAUUAAAAUAUUAAAAUGUAGCCUCAUCGCAGGAGGAGAAGGAAAAAAGAAAGAGAAGGAGGGAAUCAAAUUGGCUUCAAGCCAUGUAUGCAACAACAGCAGCAAGAAUACUCAUCGCAAAGUAUUGGAAGACACAAGAACUUCCCACGCUGGAGGAAUGGCAGAUGAAACUUAUGGACUAUAUGGAAUUGGCGGAAAUGACUGGCAGAAUCCGUGACCAGGGAGAAGAGUCGAUGGAGGAAGACUGGAAGAAAUUCAAAGACUAUCUUCAGAAACACUGCAAAAUUAAGGAAUGUUAGAGUGAUGUUGGACUGAAAAUAAGUGGUUUCCAGCUGUACAGGUUAAAGAUAAGGAUAGAUUAAGAUUAAAGAUCAAGAUUAAAGAUGUUUAAAGAAAUGGAAAUUUAAUAAUAAAAGGAAAAAUUUAAAGGUAUAUGACAUUAAGAACAAGGAUUAUGUUUAAAAAAGUUGAAGUUAUAUAUUUUAAUAUUCUAUUAAAUUAAAGAUUGGGUUUAAAAAGUGGAAAAGAAACUGCUGGACAAAUAAUGCAAAUUGGAAUACAAAAGAGGGAGGUAUGAGGAAGUCCAGAAAAUAAGUAAUUUAAAAUUGGGAAUGGAAAAGAGAGUUUGUUUUUAACUGUUAUGUUUUGUGUUUUUGUUGUUAAAUUUUGUAUUGUUUUUCUUUGUGUGUGUUGUUUUUCUUUUUUCUUUGUGUAAAACCUUAAUAAAAAAAUAUUUAAAAAAUAAUAAUAAUAAUAAUAAAAACAAAACAAAUUGGCUUCAAGCCAAAGGCCAGGCGGAACAACUCUGUCUUACAGGCCCUGUGGAAAGAAAUCAGAUCCUGCGGGGCCCUGGUCACAUGAGGCAGAGCGUUCCACCAGGCCAGAGCCAGAGUUGAAAAGGGCUUGGCUCUGGUUGAAGCCAAUCUAACUUCCUUAGGGCCCGGGACCACUAGGGUGUUGCUAUUUAUGGACCUUGAGGCUCUCCGUGGGGCAUACCGGGAGAGGCGGUCCCUAAGGUACGAGGGUCCAAGGCCGUGAAGGGCUUUAAAGGUCAAAAGCAGCACCUUAAAUCUGACCUUGUACUCUACCAGGAGCCAGUGCAGUUUGAAAAGCACUGGGUGAAUAUGCUACCAUGGCAGACACCCCGUGAGGAGCCUCGCUGCAGCAUUCUGCACCCUCUGGAGUUUCUGGGUCAGCUUCAAGGGCAGCCCUGCGUAGAGUGAAUUACAGUAGUCAAGCCUGGAGAUGACCGUCGCAUGGAUCACUGUGGCCAGGUCAGGGCGGGAAAGGUAAGGGACCAACUGCUUGAUGCGGCGAAGGUGGAAAAAUGUCGCCUUGGCUGUUGCUGUAACUUGCGCCUCCAUGGAAAGGGAGGCGUCAAGGAUUACACCCAAACUCUUAACAGAAGGCAAUGGCACUAAUUGGGCCCCCGCAAGAGAAGGGAGUUGGUCCCUCAUCCCCAUGCCAUCCCGACCCAGCCAUAGGACCUCUGUCUUCGAAGGAUUUAGUUUCAAUCGGCUCCCACGAAACCAUCCAGCCACACCUUCCAAGCAUCUCGUCAGUGUGUUCGGGGCCGAGUCGUUGUGGCCAUCCAUCAGCAGAUAGAGCUGAGUGUCUUCAGCAUAUUGGUGACAGCCCAGCCCAAAGCUCUGGAUAAUCUGGGCAAGGGGGCGCAUAAAGAUGUUAAAAAGCAUCGGGGAGAGAAUUGCGCCCUGCGGCACUCCACACACCAAGGAAUGGUGCGACAACAUUUCCCUCCCUAGUGCCACCCUCUGUCCCCGACCAGAGAUAAAAGAGCACAGCCAGUUAUGGGCUAUGCCCUGUAUCCCCACGUCUGCGAGGCGGUGGUCCAGAAGAUCAUGAUUGACCAUGUCAAAGGCUGCUGACAAAUCUAAAAGGAUCAGCAGUCCUGACCCGCCUCGAUCCAGUUGUCUACAGAGAUCAUCUGUUAGGGCAACCAGAGCCAUCUCGGUCCCAAAACCAGGACGGAAACGGAUCUAAAGCCGAUGUUUCCUCCAGAAACCUACCAAGCUGUUCAGCAACCGCUCUCUCAAUUACCUUACCCAGAUAUGGAAGAUUUGAAACUGGGCGGUAACUGGAUAGGUCUAAGGGAUCUAAUGAAGUUUUCUUUAAGAGUGGACACACUAUUGCUUCCUUCAGUUCCCCUGGGAAUGUCCCCGUGUCAAGGGACAAAUUGAUAAUUUCAACCAGGGGGGGUCUGCGCAACAUCUGGACACUCCCUAAUCAGCCAAGAUGGGCACGGAUCAAGGAGGCAGGUGGUGGGCCUACCAACUUGGAGGAAUCUAUCCACAUCAGCAGGGAGUAUCCGAUCAAAAUGGUCCAACACUGGACCUGAAGUCAGUCAAGGGGCCUCCAGUUCAGUCACUGUAUCUAAAUUGGCAGGGAGGUCACGGUGGAGCAACAGGACUUUCUCCGCAAAAAAGCUCGCGAAUGCCUCACAGCUGUGGGUCGAAUUUGUGCUUAAAUUUGGUUGCCCUCCUAAGGACGUUAUUGACCUAAUUACUCUAAAAAGUUGUGCCGCGCGAGAGCUAGCGGAUGCAAUGGAAGCUGCAAAGUAAGAUUUCUUAGCAGCUUUCAUAGCCAUCUCAUAGGCUUUCAUAAGCGUCCUAUAAGAUUUUCUUGAGGCUCCGUCAUGAGUCUGUCGCCAUACUCGCUCUAGCCGUCUGAGAUCCCGCUUCAUUUUCCGGAGCUCCUCAGUAAACCAAGGGGCCCAGUUUCAACGGGGUGGCAGAGGGUGCUUAGGCGCGAUCUCAUCAAUGGCUGCCAAGAGCCGGUUAUUCCAGUCUUCAACAAGGUCAUCUAAUGAGUCAGGAGGAGCAGGGUCCCACAAGGCUUGUCGGAAUCUAUCAGGAUCCAUCUGUUUUCGCAGACGAGCCCAAAUAGGUUCGCCAACCGAGCAGGGGAGGAGCGGGAGGUCAAUCUUGGCUUUCAGAGUGUAGUGAUCAGACCAUGGCACUUCCACAGGGGGGAGCAUGAUCACAUCUAUGCCAGCCCCAAAGAUCAGAUCCAGCGUGUGGCCUGCUUGAUGAGUGGGGCCCAAAACAAACUGGGAGAGCCCUAGUGUUGCCAUGGAAGUCACUAGGUCCAGAGCCUGUGAGGGGGGAGCGGCAUCGGCAUGGACGUUGAAGUAGGUUUGGGAACUCCAAGGCCCAGCCCACCACCACCUCCAGCAGGUCUCACAGGGUGGCUGCCGGUGUGCUGGGUGGUCGGUACACCAGCCAGACAGCCAAGCUCUCCUUGGUGCCCCACACGAGACCAACACAUUCAAUGCCGGAGAUCGCCGGUGAUGGCAGAGCUCUGAAAGAGCGAGCCUCCCGGAUUAACAAUGCUACUCCUCCCCCCCGACCCACAGUCCGCGAUUGAUGGAGGACAGAGAAACCUGGGGGUGUUAUCUCAUGUAGGGAGACUACUUCGCCUUCCCGUACCCAGGUCUCCGUCACGCAAGCCAGGUCAAUCCCCUGCGAGACAAAAAAGUCACGCAUGGUGGCGGUUUUGUUGCCUAUGGACCUGGCAUUGCACAGCACCAAUGAUGGAGGUGGGUAAUCCUUGCUCUCCCUACCCUCAUCCCUUGGGAUGGGGCGUAGAUUGGAAGGGGCUCGAGGAUCACUGCAUCUCGAAACCCUUCGCCGAUAGAGAUAUCUAGCCCCACCGCCAUUCCUCCCUAGCCCUUCAAUAGUGGAAAUCCCAGACCCCAUACUAGCCUCCCCAAUAGAGGGAUAACAUCCCCUUAAUAACAAGUCAUCCAUGGGCCAGGACUCCUGGGUCAAAAUGGUAUGGGGAAGAGGUGGAGGUUUGAUAGGGUAAGUAUCCCUAGAAGAUAAAACCCAACCAACCGCACCCCAAGCGGGGAGGACAGUCCCAUGGUGUUUUGUUAACUGUCGAUCCCCCUCUCCCUCCUGGGUUGAUUGGAGGAUUGUUGGUUCUAUCUGUGGCUGUGGGAGUAUUAAUGAGGUGUGCGCUAUAAAAUGUGGAUCACUGGCCAACAAAGAGCCAGCUUCGGAAGAUCUGUCCAUCCUGUCUCACCAGGAGUACAGUAGAGAAGAUUGAUCAUUCUGAUAAGUUUUUGGAACAUUAGGCAAAGGUCCAGAUGUAGAUUUGGUGCUGGAUAUCUCCAGAUUGUCAGCAACAUAGAGUUCUUUAGGUGUUGUUGCCAUAGAAAUGUCGGAGGUGCCAAAUUCCUCAUCUAAUUCGGUGUCGUUUGAAAAGGGAACAGGGAGUUGCACUGAUGUCUUUCUACGGGAUAAAGAGCUGUUGGACGUCUUUAAAUAUUGUGCUCUAGGCUCUACUGUCCUUAUAUUUUGGGUAGAAAUCUCAGUCUUUAUACUCAUUAGCCUCUUCUUAACUAGGCUUACAGAGUUCUCUUUUUUUUCCUUCGGGCAAUUAGUGUUUCUAGUGUUGAGCUUGGUUUCCCUUAUCCACAUCAGCUUUGAUUCUAUGCAAGGGACCAAUUGCCUCCUUGUUUCAUCCUUAAAUGCCCUCACUGGGCGGAGAGAAUGGAACCACCAUAGAGUAUCCUUUAUCUCCAUGAUUUGAGAUGGGAGGGCUGAUGACCUAAAGGUCAUAAAUAGGCGCGUUGUGUUUCUCACGGUAGGCAGGAAGUGGAAAUUUUCUAGAUCUACAUUUCGGUAAUGGUAUUUCAGGAGCUGAGACAAGGACAUAGUAAUUUGUCUGCGGUUCAUCCACCUAUGAGUGUAUCGGUGAAUCUCAAGCAUUAUCUGGUUCGUUUGCAAGACUUGACAGGACCUCACUUCACCCAUAGAUUGAGUUGGUGAGUUGUUAACAAAGUCAUUUCUUAUCAUCCUUUUAAGCCCUUGGGCAUUUAAAGGGGAGGAGCUAGUAUCCAAUUGUUUCUCAAUGUUAACUAUUUUGGUGAGGAUUUCAUUCAGUCUUUGGAGAACCAGAACCAUAGUUUCUGCAGACAACAUGCAAAUCUCUUGGUAGGGGUGCGUAUCCGGAAUCAGUUGAAAGCAGGCUCCUCUGAUAUCUUGUUCUAGAGGCAUGGGUGGGUCAGCGUUAGGAGUAGGAGGAAUCCCUCCUGCUCCUACUCUUGCCCUUUUGGAUGGAUUAGCUUUUUCUGGGAGAAGGGGGGGUCGGGUGAUUGUCAUCCUCCUUAAGGGGGGGGUGAGGUUCCCCCAACGUUGUUACUCACUGUUUGUUCUAUUUGCUCCGUUUUCUUGGCUUCCUCAACCCGCUCUGUUUCUGAGCCAGGGAAGAUGGCGUUGGCUCUCUGCUGAUUCUUUGUUUUAGAGGAAUUGUGAGUCCCAAUAAUGAUCUUCUGGCUCUUUGCACCUCGUUUUCUCCUUCCGGCAGGCAUUCUCAAUAAGGAAGUGACAUGCAUUGCUGCACUAUCUGUUUAACUGCUGGUUACUUUAGGAAAUCUGUAUAUAAAAUAGUCCUGUAAUAUACAUACAGUGGUACCUUGGUUUAUGAACUUAAUCUGUUCUGGAAGUCUGUUCUUAAACCAAAGCAUUCUUAAACCAAGGCGUGCUUUCCCGUAGCAGUGGGGACUCAAUUUACAAAUGGACCACACUCAACAGGAAGCGAAAGAUGUUCUUAUUCCAAGACAAAUUUCACAAACCAAAACACCUACUUCCGGGUUUGCAGCAUUCUUAAUUCAAGUUGUUCAUAAACUAAGCUGUUCUUAAACCAAGGUACCACUGUAUAAGAAUGUGUACACAAAUGCCGAUAAUAUGCAAGAGUUGUUCAUAUUUUUAGUAGAACUGGCUGAAGAAAAAUAACUACCUUUUCAGGAUCAAGGAGUGAGAGAGAAAUUAGAGAAAAAAUCCAUGUGAAUAAGCUUGACAUCAAGAUUUUCUGAACAGAACAUCCCUAGUUGCCUCCUCAGUGGCAAAAUAUAGUUUGUCUCUUGGCAAGAACCUGUUAUCAAUAAUGCCAUCCAACUUGCCUCAGGGAAAAAUCUCAUGAGAUCAUUCACUCUACAUGUGUGUGUCUUCUCUUCCAAUAAAUUGAUUUGAUUUUUUUUAAACUUUUUUACCAUUCCUCUUUUUGCAGCUGUUCCUCAUUCAAUGUUACAGGGCAAUAAUUUGUGCUUUGGACAAUCUGUUGCUGGUGGAAGAAUGCCUGGGCAAGCUCCUCCAACCAUCUGACAGAGCAGACCAUCUGACAGAGAGGUAAGAAAGUUGUCAGGUUUGGCACCAGGAUACUUUUGUAGAUAUAUAUAUUUAAUUAAAUAGGUAUUUGAUUAUGAGCAGCAAUGCUAAUAAUUUUCAUAUAUUACAAACUUAUAAAUCUCUGCAUUUGGGGCUUCUUGAAUUCCACGCUGAUGUAAUGAAAAGGUCAUAAAACAGCUCAGAGUGUUGCUACAAGGACCUACUGUGUGUUAAGUAUAGUAAUUUAAUUCACUGAAAUUGUAAAUGCUUGUAUGCAUUACUAUGUGUUUAAAUUUGACUGGUUGGUAAGUGUAUUCUAGAGAGUUCUCUAGUCAUCCUCAUGUGAUUGACUAAUGUUGGUCACAUGGGAGGUACCUCAUGAAGGAGAGAUUCCAUUCUAUGUGAUGCAGGAUGGCUGUGCUUUGAAAUCCACUGUGAACACUGCUAAGUUGAAUAGAGUGUUGGAGUGCAUUUUUUCUGCUUAAAGAAAGAGAUUAAAGCUACAGGAGAAGGUAAAAGUGGAAAUCUCUCAUAAGAGUUGCACGGGAUGAGAUACAGUAGGCUGAGUGCUGGGCUCUCAGAGGAGGACAAUACAGUUGUUUGCAAGUUAGAAGAAGAGACUGUAAGCCCAUGCUUCGAGAAACACGUGACUGUAAACAUUAUGUUUUAAUUCAUCUGUAAGUUUCUGCAAGUAAAGUUUUUGGAUGUUCAAGUCUGGACAUUGGCUUAAUUUCCAAAGAAGGGUGUCAGUCAUAUAUAUGAUUUGAUCUUCUUAGCUGUGCUUUCGCUAUUCUUAUUUCAACACUCUGUGUAUUCAUGUAGCAGGAAGGAAUUUAAAUCUUAUGAGAUUCCCACUCCCCUUAAGCAGUACAGUGGUACCUUGGGUUAAGUACUUAAUUCGUUCCGGAGGUCCGUUCUUAACCUGAAACUGUUCUUAACCUGAAGCACCACUUUAGCUAAUGGGGCCUCUCGCUGCUGCCGCGCCACUGGAGCACGAUUUCUGUUCUCAUCCUGAAGCAAAGUUCUUAACCCGAGGUACUAUUUCUGGGUUAGAGGAGUCUGUAACCUGAAGCAUACGUAACCUGAAGCAUACGUAACCCAAAGUACCACUGUAUAUCAGUGGGUAAGAACAGGCAUUGCAAUGCUCUUCUCAAUUAAAUGUUCCUCCUCCUCAAUCACAGUAGAUUUCCAUUGCAGAGCUAGAUACUAAACAAGCUUCCUAUCUCUGCUACAAUGACGAUAUACUCUCUGAGCGUACCAUGGAUAGGACUUGGAGAGAGAACCACUUUCCCCUCAUAUUUUUGAGAAAAUAAUUUCUUGGAACUAUGCACACACACAUAUAGUAGUAUGUCUUCAGCAUAUCGAGGAAGAACAGAGCAAUUGAACAUUCCAUGCUUCUUUCUAGAGUAUUGCUUUUACAAUUGGACUGGUUGCAUCUCACCACAUUGAGUGCCCCCCCCCCAAGAAAAGUGCUGAGGGACUUUAUUGAGAAAUGUACAGAGGACAACCCUUUCAACAAAGCCUUUUCAGGCAUAAUAUCAGAAAUGUAAAGCAUUCAGGAAGAACUAUGGGUCACAUUUAGCAUGUGUGGCAGGCUCUAAUUUCUCACCACUAGAUGACUCAACAGUUGGAGAUUUCUAGCUUUACUAAGCCCAGCACAGAACACUGGCAGAGUAUUAUGGUUUGUGUGGUACUUGUUUUUGCAAUCUCAAGUGAAGGGCAAAAACUAGGUGUUUAUUCAGCCUCUUCUGGGAAGCUAUACGUGGUUGGAUGAGCUGAAUUUGGCUUGGUUGAACACAGAUUGUGUAGGUGUGCUGUUAGAAGACUCUAGUAAGAAGCUCAUCUUUGAGCUGAUGUGAGAGAAGAAUUUCUGUUUGUGAUAGUUGAUUCUGUUGGCUCAUUCAUACAUGCAUGCCACCCUUGCUGCCACAGGUCGCAUCAUGUGUGAACCAACCCUUAGUCUGGUUUAAAAUAAUCCAAGAAAUUCAUGCACGUAAUUCUCAGAAAAUGUUUUUCCCCCAGUAGAAUUCUGUGCAUGAUUUUCUUGAUUCCUUUUAAACCUCCUGCACAGUUUAUUACUUUCGGAGUGGAAUAGGACAAAAUGGAGCUUUUGUGUGUCCACAAAAUAAAGCAUUUCAUAAACUUAGAUUCCAAAGUCCAUUUCUAUCCCUUAAAUUUACUGAUGUGAUGGCAAAUAAUGCCGAGGAGUACUGAAGAUAUGGAUUGAAAAUAUUCCUAAUCUAUCUGAUUUUUUUGAUAAGAUUGAUCUUUUUCUUAUGCCCAUCCAAAUUUUACAUAGUUGCAGAGAAUAACUUCUGCAUAAGAUUAUCAUGCGAUAAACGAGACUUUCACACCUUAUGGUCUACAAAGGCAAACAUAGCCUACCGGACAAAUUAUUGCCUAACAGUCUAUAAAAUACUCAGGCUCAGUUUUGAUCCGCAGCCUGCCAAACCAUAGUUAGGCACACUCCCUCCCCGCUCCUUGUCUCCCCCUUCCUCCUUCCUUACAUACUGGUUUAAUGAAACCACAGUUAGUCGUUAUGUCCAAAAUGGAAAUUUAUACUUCAUCACCAGUUUAUUUUUUGAAUGGUAGGACUAUGAUCUUGUUGCUUAGUCGUUUAGUCAUGUCCGAGUCUUCAUGACCCCAUGGACCAGAGCAUGCCAAGCACUCCUGUCUUCCACUGCCUCCUGCAGUUUGCUCAAACUCAUGUUGGUAGCUUUGAGAACACUGUCCAACCAUCUUGUCCUCUGUCAUCCCCUUCUCCUUGUGCCCUCAAUCUUUCCCAGCAUCAGGGUCUUUUCUAGGGAGUCGUAUCUUCUCAUGAGGUGGCCAAAGUAUUGGAGCCUCAGCUUCACGAUCUGUCCUUCCAGUGAGCACUCAGGGCUGGUUUCCUUAAGAAUGGAUAGGAAAUCAUCCUAGUUCCCUUCAUGAAAACAAUUCACUGGCCUGAGUAUGUGCUCAGAGACCCCUUUGUUCUUAAUUCUAAGUGUACGUGGUCCUGCUACUCUGUACCUAGUCCUAGCUGGUAGACCUUAUGGUUCAAGUAAAAUGAGAAGCAUAUGCCAGAAACCUCAGUCUUGUCACCCCUGGAGUAGUUUAGAUAGAAUCUUUCUCUGCUUAAAUCAGCUAAGGAUGUUAGUUAGGAUUAAGGCAAAAUCUUCCUCCACAAUGGUGAGUUUUGGGGUGGGUUUUGUAAAUGGGUGUGUGUGUGUUGAUAGGUAGCACUUCCUGCUGUUGGUGUUUAUCCCUUUGAGUCUUAACUAUAAACAGAAUUUUUGCUGCUCCCUGGAGUCCUAGUAGCAGGGGAGCUGUUUUGACAGAUGUCAUCUCCCCACUCCAUAAGAAUUCCUCUUGGGGGGUGAUGUCUUGUGAUGCAACACUGCAUAUACAUUUGGGGGAGGGGUGGCUCAAAAUAAUAAUAAUAUUUUUUAAAAUAAAAAUAUAGGGUAGAGAUUUUUGUAAAAAGAUAAUUGUUAUUAAAGAUUUUCUUAGGUUACAAAAGUACGUGCAUUGUCUUCUUCUUUUUCAGGUUCUAGAGUCUUGCGAACAAGACUUGUUUUCCCAGUAUUAGUUCACUUUUAUCAAUUAAACCUCUAAUGUCUCCAUGCUACAGAAUUCAAGCAAUUUUCUUAGUAAAUCUAGCAGAUGUUUAAAGAUAACUUCUGCCUUUCCUCUCUCAGCAUAACAUCCAGAACACUACCCUGUUGUGUUACCGACACAUUG